AUGCCCAACUGCCCCUGUUUGUCACAGUGCUCCAGUCCUGACCCGUCCUGUAAUGGAACAAAUCUUACUGAGGACACUACAUCCAGCCCAAAUCUUGAUGUAAUUACAUCUAGUCCAGAUCUUCAGUGGCUUCUGCAGUCCUCUCUAUUUUCCCAAUCAGAGGCCACCUUGGGAACGUUUUCCUCAUUCGCACCCACCACCAUGCCCAACUGCCCCUGUUUGUCACAGUGCUCCAGUCCUGACCCGUCCUGUAAUGGAACAGUGGGGGACCGUUCAAUAGGACAUGCUAACAAACAUAUGUCCUCUGAGGAACUUGACAGGAUAAGGAUCCGCAGGGAAAGGAACAGAGUAGCAGCCGCCAGGUGUCGGGACCGUCGUCGGAUGCUUAUAUACACAUUACAGAAUGAGACGGAGCAUUUGGAACAUGGGAAGACGCAACUGGAGGAAGAGAUCGCUACUCUUGAAAGGGAGAGAGAAAGGCUUGAGUUGGUUUUUGAGGCACACAUGCUUAUCUGCAAGUUAAAUGACCCAAACCCAGAAUAA